AAUAUACAGUCACAGCUAUAACAACUGUAGGAGAUGGAACAAGCUGACAGUCAUGGAAAAAGCAGGUGUAAUGGGGGAUGGACGACACUUCACCUGGCGAGUUACUUUGGCCAGAAAGAUAUUGUUGAAGAGCUGUUAAAGAGUGGAGUGGAGGUGGACAUGCAGAAUGAUGUUGGGGACACGGCUCUACACGUUGCUGCCCUCUGUGGAAGAAAGGAGGUUGUUCUGCUGCUGUUACGGUACGGUGCAUGUGCCACGCUACUCAACGGAUGCUCUCAGACCCCCAGGGAUAUCACCGACGAUGAUGAAGUCAUUACUAUGCUUGAAGCUGCAGAAAGAAGAGAAGCCAGGAAGAUGGAGGAGAGACUUUUGGAUGCAGCAAGAGAUGGAGAUUGUAGUACUGUUGCUCUGUUGCUCAGCAAGAGCAGACCUCCAGACGUUAACUGCAAGGACUCGCAUGGGGAUACGGCGUUACACAUCGCAGCCUGCAGGGGGCAUCAGGAGUGUGUGGAUGUCCUGGUUAAGAGUGGAGCCAGCUUCAGUGCGAUGAACAAAAACGGCCAGUCCGUGUUCGACAUUGCCAAAGAUGAGCAAAUGAGAUUGUUUCUGGAGAAAUGUCAAGAAAAUACUACAUGUAUUACAGCUAGAAAGUUUGAAGGACUCCUGUGGAAGAAGUCUGAUUUUCUGAGCUGGAACUCCCAUUGGGUUGUUCUGGAGAAUGGGACUAUGAGCUGGUACUGUAACCAGUCCGAUGCAGUAUGUGGAGAUCGUCGGCAGGGCUGUAAGCCUCUUAUGAAGGCUAAAUGUGUGGUAAAAGCCUGGGAUAAAUACUUUUUCACACUCAAGUGCUGUGAUGGCAGCGUGCAUCACUUUAAAGUGUCCUCAAGAUGCACUGAGCCAGAAGUCACCAGGAAAAAAUGGGUAGAUGCCAUCGAAGCACAUGCUGUGUACAGCGCCCUCUGUGGAAGCCCAGACAAAGCACCUGUACAGGAAGGGGAAGAGGAAGUGGCUGAAAAAGAAAUGGACCUAGGAGACUUUCUGUCGCAUUCUCUUCAGGCAGCUGAAAGUUACCAGAGGAUGCUGGAGUCUCAGGUGGCCAUGUUUGUUUCUAUGGUCAAGGAUGACGAGAACAACGAUAUGACAGGUCCUGAGGUCCUCAAGGCCAGAGAGAUAUGUGAGCUGUGCAGUGAGACGAGUUCAGUGUUGAGACACUGUGUGGAUCUCCUGUCUCAGCGUGAAGAGGUGUGGAGUGUGAAAUUAGAACAGGAAGUAGAAAAGAACAAGAUCCUGUCUGAGGCACUGCAGAAGUUGGCGACAGAGCAUCACCAGCUCAAGCAGAACCUUUCUACUGGCAGAACGUUGUCGACUCUGAGUGCGCUCGCCGAGGAUGAAUUUUACGACGCUGUCUCUGAACCCAUAUACACGGAUGUGUGGAGAGUCAAUCAGACUACAACUAGUAUGACUCUGAAGCUCGUCACCAGAAAAGUGUACAAAAGGUGGGGUUUCUCAGGUGCGCCAGAAGAACAGAUGGAGGGAGGGAGUACAGUAAGGCAUAUCAGGAGUGAGCGAAGGAGGGACCAAAGGAAGGGAGGGUUAUGUGUGACCUGGUGUGCAGUAACUACGUUCCUGACACAGCUGUACAUGUCUCUGUCUGUCUGUGUUCUGUCCAUUCUGCAGAAAGCUCACACUCCUGCCAGCAUGUCUGGGGUGGAGAACCAUGGAGACAAGACCCACCAUAACGGUGUGAAGAAACACAGAACGUCUCUUCCUGCUCCAAUGUUCUCAAGAAAUGACGUGAGCAUCUGGAGCAUCCUCAAGAAAUGUAUUGGGAUGGAACUGUCUAAAAUCGCCAUGCCGGUCAUCUUCAACGAGCCUCUGAGUUUCCUGCAGCGUCUCACAGAAUAUAUGGAGCACACGUAUCUCAUCCACCAAGCCAACGCCUCCACAGACUCCAUCCAGAGGAUGAAGUGUGUGGCUGCAUUUGCCGUAUCCGCCGUGGCAUCACAGUGGGAGAGGACCGGAAAGCCCUUCAACCCACUGCUGGGAGAAACAUAUGAGCUAAUCAGAGAGGAUCUGGGCUUUCGGUGGAUGUCAGAGCAGGUGAGCCACCACCCUCCUGUUAGUGCAUUCCAUGCCGAAGGCCUACAUGAUGACUUCCUGUUUCAUGGCUCCAUCUACCCUAAACUCAAGUUCUGGGGAAAGAGUGUGGAGGCUGAGCCUCGUGGAAUCAUUACUCUGGAGCUCCCCAAACACAAGGAAGCAUACACCUGGACCAAUCCUACAUGCUGCGUCCAUAACAUCAUUGUAGGUCAGCUGUGGAUCGAACAAUACGGCAAUGUGGAGGUUAUUAACCAUAAAACUGGUGAAAAGUGCAGCCUGACGUUCAAAUCCUGUGGCCUCUUUGGCAAAGAGCUACACAAGGUGGAGGGUUACAUACUUGAUAAAAGCAAAAAGAAAAUCUGUGCCAUUUACGGCAAGUGGACUGAAUGUCUGUACACAGUGGAUCCGUCUGCGUUUGACCUUCACAAGAAGGCAGAUAAGAAAACCACUGAGGAGAAGAAAGGCCCCAAGCAGAGCAGUGUGGAUGAGGAGGCUGAGGAGAUGCCCCCUCCUGAAGCCGAGACUGUGCAGGUCAUCCCCGGCAGCGAACUCAUCUGGAGGAUAUCACCCAGACCUGAAAACUCAGCUCAGUUCUAUGCCUUCUCCACAUUUGCUAUGCAACUCAAUGAGCUGGACGAAGACAUGAAGGAGAAUCUCCCCAUUACAGACUGCCGUCUCCGGCCUGACAUCCGCGCCCUGGAGAACGGAGACAUAGAUUUGGCCAGCGCUGAGAAGAAGAGAGUGGAGGAAAAACAGAGAGUGGCACGGAAAAACCGCUCCAAAUCCAACGACGAGUGGAAGACAAGGUGGUUCCAUCAAGGAGCAAACCCACACAAUGGAGGACAAGACUGGCUUUAUUCUGGUGGCUACUGGAGCAGGAACUACUCCCAACUACCUGACAUAUACUAACCUCAAACCCUCGAACCUCUGCCCAGAAAUGGACUGCUGAAGAGAAACCAUGCAUGUUCACUAUUAACUUCAGUUCAUGCAGAGUGUCGAUUAUUUAUACAGCCACAAGCUGGUUUUAUGUUCACCACCAUCUUAUAAACACUCAAGCAUGAGGAGGUGGAACAUGGCAGUUAUUCUUAAAUAUGCGGUGUGUUAGGUGAAGUUUGUUUGUCCAGAGACUUGUAUUGCAGCUUUAAGUAAUUUAUAUAGAUAUUAUUCUAGAGUUUCAAUUUCAAUAGAUGUAGCGAGGAACCUUGUAAAUAUAAAUAGUCUAUACUGUAGAUGAUUAUCUCUCGAGACUUGAAUUUGCUGAAUGAAACAAACAUAUUUUUCUUUAGGUGGCUAAAACUUACCUCACAAUCUUAGUAAUAUAUUAAAU